GCUAUUGUCACUAUCGUCGCUCUCGUCGCUAUCGUAUAUAUACCCUCCAUGGCGAUAACGUUUUUCGUUAGAUUUAAAUUCGCUAUUAUUAUAUUUUUUUUUUUACGAAUUGAAUAGAUUCUGUGUAAUCGCAGGUAAAUAAAAUUUCAGAAAACAACCUUUCAAUAUUUUGAAAUUCAACUGUAUCAUUCUUUGAAAAAAAUGAUAUCACUUUUGGAAACUGCAAAGGACAAAAUUCAGGAAGGACCAAUACGAUGUAUAUUCUUUUCCGAAUUUCAUCAUAUAGCUGGCCCAAAGAUCACUUGUCAGGUACCUGAUAAUUUUGUAUCGAAAGAUAUAUUUGAUAACGUCAAUGUUUAUAUUAUACCAAAGGCACAAUUACAAAGAAGUACAAUUACUGUAACAUUGAAAGACUAUAAAAUCUUAGGAUUUCCCGUGAAAAUAGAUGAUAAAAAAUAUGCAAGAAAUGCUUUUUAUUUUAAUUUAUGUUUUGUGUGUGAUUCAGAAGCUCGCACAGUUCAUUAUGAGCCAGUAGUUAAGAAGAUGUCUGAUUUCUUGAUGGCUUUAGAAAUUGAGAAUUGUUUCUUAUCUGCUUCCGAUGAUAAAACUAGAUUGGCUGAAAUGUUGGGACAUGUUAUGCAAGAAUUAAAUUUGCAUAAAAUGUGCACACUAACGGAGGGAACAAUGACAUCACAUUUGAAAGUAGUAAAACUAGCACCAGAACCUAAGCCAGUUCUUGAUCAUCAAGUACCAAUAUUCUUAGAAGGUAAGGAAGCAUUUCACAGUGAUCAAUGGGAUUUAACAACUCAGCAAGUAUUACCAUAUAUAGAUGGCUUUAACCAUGUUGCUCGCAUAGCAGCAGAAGCAGAUGUUGAAAACAAUUUAGUUAAAAGCUGUGUACAAAAUUUAGCGUAUUAUAGCAUUGUAACUUUAAUUCCAAUAUUUCAAUAUAGUAAUGUCUAUGCAGCAACGCCAAAGCUAAAACAAUUAGCAGAAGAUAUCAAAUUACAAGAAAGAUGUAUUACAUAUGCAUCUAAAUCCCCAAGACAACCAGCAUAUCUCAGAGAUAUAUAUCGUAUGUAUGCAAGCAUGACUCAUAGCUGUAGUAUGAGGGACUUGUGUCAACGUUUAAAUCCACAAAAUUUAAGAAUUAAUGAAAGAAGAUUGGUUCAAUUUGGUUUGAUUGAAGGUCUUAUUCGAAGGGUCUAUAAGUACCCCAUACUUUUGCCAGGUAUACCGUAUAAUGAAGAAACACGGAAUAAUCCUAUUUAUAAGUAUUUUACGGGAACAUAUAAUUUGGAUGAAAUUUGUUGUAAUACAGGUCAGAGUGUGGCACAAAUAGAAGAAAUCGUUGAACGUGAUCCAAAUAUUGUUAUGUUAUGGAAGUAAUUUAGUUGUACAAAUUAUAUGAGUAUAUUUAUAUAUAUACAGUAUUAAGAUUUUGUAUAAUAUAAAUGUGUAUAGAUAAUGAAACAAAAAAUCUUUUUAUUAUAA